CACUCGGCCACGACUAGAAUGGGCACGUUUUUGUUGAUUUUUUGCAUUGGAGGCUCUGACGAUGUCUAGCAACUCGUCGGCUAAUGGUGAAGACGCGGGGCCGUGCGCGGUGUGCGGUGCGCAGGGACGAGCGUGCGCGCGGUGCCGCGUAGACUUCUACUGCGGCAAGGACCACCAGCUGCAGGACUGGCCUCGCCACAAGCUGGGCUGCAGCUUCCUCGAGGUGCGCAGUGACCCGUUGCUGGGACGCCACUUCGUGGCCGCCAAGGCCAUCCCCGCCGGCACGGUGUUGAUGCGCGAGACUCCCCUUGUCUCCUUCCCGACGUCUUGGGACAUCCCUGCCGAUGGAUCU